AGUGGAAAUCGUUUUUAUCAACAAAACAAAAUGGAGUGUUAACUCUAGUGCUCGUUGAUAGUUGCUGGAUGUAACAAAUACGAGUAUGUUUUGUAGUAGCAUUGGUUAGUAGUGGCCUAUUUUUAAAAUUUGUCAGCACAUCAAUUUUCGAACUAGUAUGUUCAAGUCGCUUAUAAAAACGUGCCAAACCGAGUGGUGCUGAACCAGUGAAAACGUGUGAUUUGUUGUCCUCUGAUGAUGGUUUUAAGGACUGACCAGUUUCAAAUAAAAUUGGUGUAACACAAAAAAUAUGGUCUUGAAGAGCACUCUCAGCCAUACAGUGUCAUAUCCAAAUCAAAACACAUUCUACUGUUAAAAAAUAACAAUAAAACCCACUGAAAUCACUGCUUUAGUUUCUCUGUUGUGAUUAACUUUAAUCAAGUGAAGUUUGAGGGUGACAAAUUAUUUAAGUACGUUCUGCUGCUUCAUCAUUCCCCCUUUGAGGAUACAUUGCGUAUAAUGUGAAAAGCCACACAAACAAGUGAUGACCAGCCAAAAUUCUUCAUUUACACAGCGAUACCAGCCCUACAUUUUUGACCAGUACCGACAGCCUGAUAGUCAAUGGGAAACCUCAUCCACCACCAGCCCCCCUACAGUUCCUGCAAGGGGUAUAAAACGAAAUACCCCCAGCGAAGUUACCCGUCCAUAUGAGGAAUCAUCUUGGAUGAUUCCUCAAGACUUGCCACACCAAAUGGAUAAUAAUGUGCUAAACGAGUGCAGUUUAAUGUUAAGAACACAAAACAAUAUGAAUGUUAGUCCUGAAGGUGGAAAUAUUAAGAAUCAAAUUAUUACUUCUGAGCAUGAUGUCAAUGUUAAUCGUCUUCAGAGUCCAUUGCGAAUUAACUCGAAAUAUACGACAACACCGUGGUUUCAUGGUAAAAUAUCACGAGAAGAAGCAGAAGCUUUAUUAAGACCGAGGACAGAUGGCCUAUUUUUAGUCAGGGAGUCUACCAAUUUUCCUGGCGAUUAUACACUGUGUGUAUGUUUUCAGACGAAGGUUGAACAUUAUAGAGUUAAAUCUCAUGGCAGUAAAUUGACAAUAGAUGAUGAGGAAUAUUUUGACAACCUAGAGGAAUUAAUAGAACAUUACAAGAAUGAUGCUGAUGGUCUUUGUACGAAAUUAGUCAAUGCGCUUCCAAAGGAAAGCGACACCUCCAAAGCUUUGGUAAAAAGCAGUUCCAAAGAAAGUGACGAUCUUUGUGUGAUUCCGGAGCACGAUUUGGUGGUUUGUGAACCCAUUGGAAAAGGCGAAUUUUGUGAAGUAAUGUUGGGGAAAUGGAAAAGUCAAAAGGUGGCUGUAAAAGUUUUGAAGGAUUCUAGUGAAGCUGAGGCUAUAUUGAUGAAAUCGCUCCACCACGAAAACCUUGUGAACCUGCUGGGAAUUGUUCGAAAAAAAGACCAAAUUUACCUUGUUACCGAAUACAUGAGUAAAGGAAGCUUGGUUGACUAUCUGCGUUCUCGGGGAAGAUUGCAUGUUUCAAAAAAGGACCAAAUUAAUUUCGCUUUUGAUACAUGUUCAGGCAUGGAAUAUUUGGAAAAAAUGCAUGUGGUACAUCGAGACCUGGCUGCAAGGAAUGUGUUAAUAGCAGAGAACGGCAGAGCAAAGGUUUCGGAUUUUGGAUUAGCUCGGAAUGAGAAAAAUGCCACUUCGGAAUCCGCCAAGCUUCCUAUCAAAUGGACAGCACCCGAAGCGCUUAAGUACAAUAAAUUCUCAAAUAAAUCCGAUAUGUGGAGUUUUGGAAUCCUUCUUUGGGAAAUAUACUCCUUUGGUCGUGUUCCUUAUCCUAGAAUACCGUUAGCAGAUGUGGUUCGGCACGUUGAGAAUGGUUACAAAAUGGAAGCCCCUGAAGGUUGCCCGAAAGAAAUUUACCCAAUUAUGCGGCAGGCAUGGGAUUUCUAUCCGGAAAAACGACCGAAUUUUCACGAAGUGAAAAUAAAACUUGCGCAGCUGAAGCAGCAAACGUGAAAAAAAGUUGUGGUAAACUAAAAAAAAUCGUCGAAUUGAAUAAAUGCAAAAUGACGCGUAUUAGACUGGUAUUUUAAACGUAUGUUCACGCAAUGCAUCUGACUUCUAAUGAUUAAUACCCUUAUACAAUCAUAAAAAGAUUAAUUAAAUAAUAUACGGUGAUUAAUCUCAUCUAUGUGGUAUGUGGUGUGGUUAAAUAAUAUUAGAAUGUGUAACCGUAGCCUUUUCUGGAGCCAGAUAUUCAUUUUUACCCAUUUUUUUCAUCUCACGACAGAAUCAGAUUUUUGGAUAUAACUCGUUGUAUUCAUCCUUUGGCUAAUAGCGAGCUUAAAGGGAUAUUGUAUGUUGUUCUAUUGGUUGAUCAAUAAACUGAACUUCAGACGUGCUCGUUCCAAGUCAAACUGACUAACAUGUUUGUACAAAUUAUAUAUUGUUUCAUUUUGUCUAUAUUUUUGGUGUUAUUUUUGUAUAAACAUGCACUUGUUGCUAGAUAUAAGUUACUCAUACCUUUCAUGUAUAUUCGAGUAUUGCCUGCACAUAAAGAGUUGUGUUCAUUUCUUUUCUGCUUAAAGAGUUAUAUCCAUAAUCGAAGAAUUUUAUUUAUUUUUCAGAUCAUUAGUGUUAAUGUACUUAAGUUUUCAAGCAUACGUUGUAAAAUACGUAAAAUGGUAGUAAAUACUUGCUUUGUAAAAUGA